AUGCGCGCGGCAUCGCGUCUACUGCAGCACAGUCUGCGCUUGACGCUCUUCACCCACGACCACUGCAGCCUGUGCGUCGACGUGAAGAGCGUGAUGAGUCGCGUCUGGGAUCGCCGCCAUUUUGAGUACCGCGAAGUCGACAUCCUGGCUGAAGAGAACAAGCGAUGGAAGGAGCUCUACGUCCACGACAUUCCUGUGGUCCACGUCGAUCGCACGGCCACGCUGGCCACGCAGAAUGGCGAGACGACAGCCGCUGCUCGGAAGCUCAAACAUCGCUUCACCGAGCAACAGCUGGAGAAGGUGAUGGACGAGCUUGAACGCGUCUGA